AUGUCUUCGCAAGCUAGAGUCUCUUCACAACCUGAGCGGAGGUCGAACAAUGAUAAUGGCAGUGGCAGCUCCAGAUCCCGCCCACCUUCUGCACUGGCAGGCACAAGAUCCGAGAGACCAGAUGCACGCCGGCGUCCUUCACCAGCACCGGCAGCUGGAGAAUCAAAUCACCGACGAGCACAAUCGAGCUCGCAACGGAAUAAUAGAGGGGUAGUGGAAGAGAGAAGGACUGAACGGGUUCAUGUCGGAACUCGAGACACAGUGACGUCGAGAACAAGAAGUCCUGAUCGUCGCGCACCUACCGAACGUUCUACGACUAGUAAUACUUCUAGAUCCCGCGGGGAAGAGUUUCCAUCCAGAACAUCGAAAGUCGAAACCCCACCUGUAUUGUCAUGGGAUCCUCAGGUAUCAUUGGUGCCUCAUACGACCGCGCCAUUAGCAUCCAGAAUUUCUAUUCCACCACUUGCUUCUCAAGCUCCCCAAGCCCAACAGCCGCAGCCCCUCCACGAAUUGUCUUUAGAAGCUCAAGAAGCAGCUAUAUUGGAGGACCUCCUGUUUGUUUUCAUGGGAUAUGAGGGACAAUAUAUAAGAUUCGGGAAGAGUUAUGACCCCCUUGUUGAAAAGGAUCGUCUCGCUGGCCCCAGCUUUAAGAUAUUACCUGGCUUGGAUCCUAGUUUACAGGACCUCACCACGACUAUGCUUAAAAUGGCGACGAAUUACGGAGCAACUGAGGCUUUCGUUGAAGUGCAGAGCCGGGAAGAGUUUGGGGCUGUGAAUCAUGCAUUAUGUGCUGCCAUGAGGAAACUCCUACAUGAUUACCUCAUUUUGAUCGCUCAGCUCGAAACCCAAUUUCUCACUAAUCCAUCUUUUACUUUACAUGUUCUGAACCUCCAUACUCUCCCUACGAGUCACAUGAUGCUUCAACUAUCUUCACUUGCCCAUGAAAUAUUGAAGAGAAAUUCCAUGCUUGAGGAAGACGAGGAAGAUGGGGAUGGAAUGGAUGAUUUCGAAAAUAUUCUAGAAAGUCUCCGGGAAGGUGGAGACCUUGGGCUUGGAAAUAUUCCAGGUAAAAAGAUCUGCAAAGGUGGAAGUGUAUUAGGUCUCAUUACCAAACGAUUGGAGACAAUGUCCGGUGAUCCAGCUGCUAGGUCUCUCCUAACCUCAUUGUUACGAGAUGCUAGUCGACCUUAUAUGGUGAUGCUGAAUGAGUGGUUACAUCAUGGAAGCAUCAAAGAUCCUCAUGCAGAGUUCCUUGUGAGGGAACAGAAAAGUAUCAAGAGGGAAAGGCUGGAGGAGGAUUAUACCGAUGAGUACUGGGAAAGGCGAUACACGAUCAGGGAUACUGAUGUACCUCCUCAAUUGGAAGGUGUGAAAGAUAAAGUCCUCUUGGCGGGCAAGUAUCUCAAUGUCGUACGUGAAUGUGGAGGUGUUGAUUCUUUACUCGAUCUUGUUCUUCGACAACCUGGAAGUGUCGCAGCGCAAGAUCCCUUCAAGGAAGACAUCAAAGUUGAGAUGAAUGAUAUCAGCUUGACAAAUAUGUUGACGAGGGUAGUCAAUAUAUCCGGCAUUGAACAAGGAGAGUCGCUACAAACUCCUGCUCAACCAGUCACAGAGAACGACAAGGCUGCUGUUGGCUUUACCUCCCUCCAAUUAGAUUAUUCCGUCCCUUUUCCAGUGUCUCUGGUCAUUAGUAGGAAGACAGUCUGGAGAUAUCAAGCACUCUUUCGAUAUCUGCUAUCCUUACGCUAUCUUGAGCAACAACUUGUUUCCUGUUGGCAAACACAUAAUCGAGCCGCUACUUGGUCUCACAAAAGCUCAAAUCGGAAUCUUGAGUUGUGGAAGCGAAGAGUAUUUACAUUGCGAGCACGAAUGCUUGUAUUUGUACAACAACUUCUUUACUUCUGUACAUCUGAGGUCAUUGAACCAAACUGGCAGGGAUUGAUGGCUAGGCUCAAUGCGAAGGAAGACGAUAAAAUUGGAAAAACGCCAGCUAUCCACUCUAAAUUGAUGUCAACCUGUACUAUGUUCGCAACGUUCACUUCCUGGCUCUCGAGAGAAUUGGAGAAGAUCGACACGGAUUUGCUAGGUGCAGAAAGGCCCAGUACCAUGAACGCACAACAAUGGACUCGCUACCAGCGUGAUCGAGGCGCUAGAAACGGCGAAUCAAACAAUGUGAACCCACCUCCGGAAGGGGGCUUUGAUGAAACACGACUUGAAAAGAUGUAUGAGAUCAUCAAAAAAUACGAGUUCAACUUUAGCAAGCAUUUGCAGAUUUUGCUGGAUGCUCUCAACCACUAUGCUGCUACAGAAACAGUAGUAUUAUUGGGAUUAUGUGCAAGGUUGAGCACUGCCAAUCAAGGUACUCAGUUUAAUGGCUUACGGACUGAUGAAGAUGGUGCGGGACAACAUUAA